AUGCCCGAGAAAGUCAGCGUACUGUUCGUAUGCCUAGGCAAUAUCUGCCGCUCUACAAUGGCAGAGGGUGUCUUCCGAUCUCUCGUCAAGGACUCACCAUACAUGGAGAGACUGGAGACCAUUGACUCCUGCGGCACAGGAGCCUACCACGCAGGCGACGACCCGGACGACCGGACCAUGGCCACGCUCGAGAAGAACGGCAUCACCGACUACGUGCACGCCGCGCGCAAGGUGCGACCGUCCGAUUUCGACGACUUCGACUACAUCUUUGCCAUGGACCGAUCGAACCUGUCCGAUCUGAAGCGCAUGAGGAAGUCAGACAAGUCAAAGGGCAAGAUCAUGCUCUUCGGCGAGUACUCGGGCUCGGGCAAGGCCGAGAUCGUGCAAGACCCAUACUACGGCGGCCAGCAGGGUUUCGAGACGGCUUAUGCGCAGUGUCAGAGGUACUCCAAGAACUUCUUGAAGGACGUCUUCCCGGACAUCGAGACCAAGGCAUAG